AUGCAAGCCUUGGCAAGAAUGCGAUUCCGAUAUCGCGGUGCUGCCGCAAUGCUGCUUGGCUCAGCUCACGAGCUCUGCGCCCAGCUCACCGGCCAGCCGCAAGCUCCACAUGGUCAUGUUGCCCUCGAUCCUGCCGAUGAGCCUCGAGCCUCAAGCCGCACGAUGUCAGCGCCAUCAAAACUCUGCUGCCGCUUUUCUUCCAACAGCUCGCGCGGGCACCUCGGCCCUCCAUGCCCAAAGCCCUCGCAGAAAGUCGCCGCAUGCUCGAUCCGCCCAUCUCGCCCUUCCAGGAUCUCAAAGCUGAGACACAGGGUUCAUCAUUCUUCCUCGCUCCGCCUUGCCCUCUUCCACCCAUCUCGCUUGCAACCACACAACAACGCGCCAGAUGUGCCGCCUCCUUCGCUCCGAGGUGUCCACCUCCAAGCCCUGAUCGUCUCCGUUCCGGCCUCCUUUGCUUCGGCUGCUGGCGCCCUGGAUCAACACAACACGGAUACACGGACGCUCGUCCGCUUGCGACCGAGCGUCAACGACGUAGAAGCUCCAGCCGCCAAAAUGAUCUCGUCGAGAUCGAGCUCAACGAUGAGCGCGAUGAGCAUGGUGCUCUUUGUGUUUCUGACGCUCGCUGCGUCGGCGUGUGCGCAGAUGGCCCCCGUGCGCUCUCGACCCGUCCGAGCGCGCGAUGCCUUCUCCGACCAGGACCCUCUCAACAAAGAAGGCGAGGACCACGGCAAACCCACCGUGCCUAGCGGUGCUUCGCUCGUCUCGCUCCCCAUCACCUCGGACGCCUCGGUUGCAACCUACUGGACCGCCAACCCGAACAAUGCCACCGCCACCAACGCCUACAUCAUGAUGCACGGUAAGCUGCGCGACGGCGCCAACUACUGGGACGUCCUCGACACCGUGCUCAAUCAAGCCGUCAAUGCGAACCAUGCCGGCGCCGUCAGCACCUCGAUCGUCACCGCGCCGCAGUUCUACUCGACCAGGCUCAACUCGGGCCAAUACACCAACAGUCAGAUCGCCUUUGCCGACACCAACGUAUGGCAGGCGGGCGAGGCAGCCAAUCGCCCGAUGGGAACCAACGUGACCAGCUUCGAUGCUCUCGACGCGCUCCUCGCCGAAUUCAGCGACACGGCAAAGUACCCCAGCAUGAAGCAGAUCACCUUUGUCGGCCACGGCGGCGGCGCGCAGCUCAUCUCGCGCUACGCAGUGGUGGGUGCGGGUCUGCCGAGCGGGAGCAACAUCCAGCUGCGGUAUGUCGUGGGCGAUCCUUCGUCCAAUCCCUACUUUACUCUCGAUAGACCCCUGCAAGACACUUCGGUCGCAGACAAGGCCACAUGCCCGCUCUACAACCGAUGGCGCUACGGCUUUGACCGCUUCAACGGCACGCGGGCGGCGCCGCUGAUGACGCCGCAGCAGUACUUUGCUCGCUUCGUCACGCGCGAUGUUCGCUGGGUGGUCGGCUACCAGGACACCACCAACGAUGGCGACGACACGUGCAUGGCCAAGCUCCAGGGCGGCGAAGCACGACGCGAUCGAAAUCUGGCCUGGUGGAGAUACCUCAACACGCUGGCUGGAACCAACCAGGACCUCACUGGCUUCCCUGGAUCCUUGCCAGGCAUGACGAGUUGGGCCAACGUCACCAACAGUACGCUGGCGCAUAGAUUGACGGUGGUGUACAACGCCGAUCACAACGCUCAGGAGGUGUACACGAGCAUAGAGGGUACAUCGGCUCUGUUCGACGACUCGAACAACGUGCAGCUUGGGUGGAGACCACAGGGCUGGAGAAACGUCACGACGUCAACACAAACAAAAUCGCCAGCAGGAGGCUCCACCGGCGCCGGCGCCAACUCGUCUUCCGCAGCGACGAUUAGUAGCUACAGGGCCGCGGCAGCAUCCAUGGCACUGGCUGCACUCGUCUCGAUCGCAGUCUCGCUGCUUUGA